UUACUUCCAAUGCACCUGUUUCACGCUGAUAAUUGAUUGCGAUUGUGGAGUUAGCUGGGUACUUUUUGGAAAGUUUGCGAAACCUUUUAUUUUCCUUCAUGUAUUUGGAAGAAGAUCAUCAUGCCUGGUAAAGUUAAUAGUCAGGAUAUAUAUCACCUUGCCCAUGCAGGAUAUGCGCAAAAAUUGAACGAAUAUUUGUCGAAAAAUGCGAAUAAAUCAAACAUCAACGAGUUCUCCAAGGACGGAGCUACACCUUUGAUUUUGAGCGUACAGGGGUCUCGAGUUGACCCCGCAGCUCCGGGGACGAGCCACGUCGAGUGCUGUGAACUCCUUCUCAGCCAUGGGGCUAAUCCAAAUUUAUCGGAUAAAUUAGGAAGAACUGCCCUUCACUGGGCAGUCUUCUACAAGAAACCAGAGUUCGUCAAAGUUUUAUUAAAAGAGGAAUGUGACAUCACUAAAGAAGACAAGAAGGGACAGAAUGUGAUGCAAUUUGCAAUAAGAAUGAAUGCUGCCAAAUGUUUGCAACUUAUUUGUGAGACCAUGACCGAUGCAAAGAUUUUGUCCAAGCCAAGUGCAUCUGUUGGCACCCCUCUCAUCCAAGCAACCAAACUAGGUCAUCAAGAAUGUUGUCAGAUCCUUCUCAAGUCUGGAGCUAAUAUAGAUAUCCAGGACCAGGCGUAUUUUGAUAAGACAGCUCUUCUUAUUGCUACUGAACUCAACAAUCCAGAUAUUGUGGAGAUGCUCAUCAAAUAUGAUGCCAAUAUCCAAGCUGAAGAUGCCCAAGGCAACACCUGCUUACACCUGUCCUGUACCCUUACCAGUCCAAAAUGUCUGGAGCUAGUCCUCCAGGGGUGUAAGAAGGCCCCUGACCUGGUAGGAAAGAGGAACAAGGCAGGACUGACACCACUCAUGGUAGCAUGCCAGCAGGGUCUAGAGAAACAUAUAGAACUUCUUCUUGAAUAUGAAUCACCUGCUAGCAUCCAGGAUGAGCAAGGUAAGACUGCUCUUCAUUACGCGACCGGAAAAGGACUAAAAUCAUCUGCAGAACUCCUUGUAGCCACAGACUCUGGUCUACCAUGGACUCAAGAUGCAGAAGGACGUACUCCACUUCAUCUGGCAGUCAUUGAGGGCAAGAAGGACCUUGUUGAAUUCUUGAUUGAGAAGAGUGGUGUAAAUGCACAGGAUAACCAAGGACAUACUCCCAUUCAUUGGGCUGUGGUUUGUGGUGUCCAUGACCUGAUUGAAACCCUGGUUGAUCAUGGAGGUGAUCCUUCCCUGAUCGAUGACCACGGUGCUAGCCCCUUACACUAUGCUGCACAAAUGUGUGGGGAUCCAGCUGUGUCAGAAAUCGGUAUUUUAUGUCUGAAGGCCUUAAUCAAGCGAGGAGCGAAGGUAAAUGCCAUAGAUAAUGGACAUAAGACACCUCUUCUGUGGGCAUCAAGUGCAGGAAGCAGUGAGGCUUGUAAGUUACUCAAAGAAGCAGGAGCUGAUGCUGCAUUAGCUGAUCUUGAUGGACUUACAGCUCUUCAUUGUGCAGUGACAUGUGACCAUCCAUCCUGUGUAGAGACACUCCUGAAGGAAUGUGAUGCUGCUGUAGACAUACCAGAUAAGAAUGGUUGUACACCUCUCUUCUAUGCUGCAUCCAUGGACCAACUUGGGAAUGUCCAAUCGUUACUGGAGAGUGGAGCUUCUCCUAACCACACUGAUAAUAAGGGAAAGAGCCCAAUGCAUUGUGCUGCUGGAGCAGCCUCCCUGGAUGCUCUACGGCUCCUACAGGAGCAUGAUGGCUCCAUGAACCAAGCUGGAUCUGAAGGAGAGACUCCUUUUCAUGAGGCCCUUCAGAAGGGAGAUCUGGACAUUAUAAAGUUCAUGAUUGAGAAUGGUUGCAAUCCAGGGACUCCUGAUAAGAAUGGACGUACACCACUCCACAUAGCAGCAGCGAAUGCCAAUGUAGACUUAUGUAGAUACCUGGUGGAUCUUAAAGCAAACAUUGAUGCUGUCUUCAAGAGUGAUAAUGGCUUACAGAUGACCCCUCUAGACUGUGCCUGGGAUAAUGGGGCAGUGUCCUGUAUGGACUACCUUGCUUCCAUCGGAGCAAAGAGAGGGAGAGAGCUUGAUCACAAAAAGACCACUAAACCAACCAACAACUUAUUGAAUCCUCCACAUCCUAACUACACAACCAAACAGGAUAAGUCCAAUGUGAGUGGACCAAAGACUGUGAAUAGAACCACCAGUAGAGAUGAGAAACGAGACAAAGAGGGCACUAAAGACCAGAAAGAAGAUGAUGUCAGGACGUCUCCGAGGAAUGAAGCAUCCAUUAUUGAGAAGAGUCCUUACAUGAAGGCUCCACAUUCUAGUUAUGAUCAUGCAGAGAAGAGGAAUGAAGAAGAACAAAGAGAAGCAGAAGAGAGGAAGAGGUUGAGGUCAGCGUCUGUCGAAAAGAAAAUGGCUGAUUGGGAGAGUUACAUCAAAGAACAUGUCAACUUUUUGGAUGACUUGUUGGAAGUGAAACACGAGAGGCUUGAAUCAAUUCAAUCUCAUGCCAUUGAGGAGAAGGAAUCUCUUGUGAAGAAACUUGAAGAAAUAAGAGAAGAAAUGGAAAAGAGAGUAGAGAAGAAAAACUCAGAAGCUGAGAAACUUAGGGAAGAGAAAAGAAAACAGGCUGCAGAGGAGAAGAGACUGAUGGAUGAACGAUGGAAGAAGAUACAACAACAUUAUCUAAACAUUGAUAGCAAAGUAAGUGAUCAGAUAACAAUUCAUCGCCAAGCAACUCAGACCUUGGACACCAAGAUGGCCAAGUUUGAGAAGAAGAGAAUCAGGAGAGAGAAGACUGACAUGGAAGUAGCAUCUAGAAAGUCACCUUCAAGGAAUUCUAACAGUGAUGACCCUGAAAGGAUUCAGAAGCAUGCAGACUGGUUAAAGAGAAAGAAUAAGGAGUACUUGGAGAAGAAGAAUGCAGUGAAAGUACAAGCACAUGUGAAAGUUGACAGUGCUGUUCUCAAUGCUCAUCUCAAAAGAACAUCCACUCCCAAGUGUCCGAAGUCUCCAGUGCCAUCUCGAGUAGAUCAUUCUCAUAGGAGAAGGUCACCUUCACCACCUCAUGAUCGCAUACAGUACCAGCGUCAAGAACUUGAGAAGCAGAGAAGACAACUGGAAGAGCAGCACCAAUUCAGCAAGCACAGACCAGGAACUGUUGCUGGUAGAGCUUCAUGCAGGAGUACAUCAUCUCCAUCACCAUCCAAACAUUCAUCAUCAUCACCUCAUCCUCCUACCAGCUCUUAUAAGGGACCUAGGAAGCAGGAUGGAGGGCGUACGCAAUCUGCUGGAGAGGUCACUGAAGGCAGAAAGCCUUCUGGUCCUGAUGCAAUAGGUCCAACAAGUCAUAAACUAGCCCAACUCAGACGUAGCCAUGGAGACAACCUCAACAGAAAGCUAUGGCCGAAGUCAUGGGAACUUCAAGAUAAAGUGAGCAGGUCAAGUGAUGAGGGAGAAGAGAUAUUUGAUCUUAAAAAACACUUUUCACCAAGAUGGAAUGGACAGCUGAGACCUAGACAUGUCCUACAAUUCAGAUCAGUAGGUGCCUCAAGACAAGAAGGACAGGCAGAAGCAUGAUCAACAGUAACACAUUGAGUAACACUGACAAAACAGUGGAAGCGUUCCUGGCUAUUCGCUUGAAGUUAUCGUUGACAAGGCUUUAUACACUUGGCAUUAGACAUAAUAAUGUUUCAUUUGCAGAGAUGCCAGUUUUCAGUCCAAAGCCUGAAUUCAGGCCCUGGCAAUUCAUUUCACGUCAUAGUUUUAGCAUUUUUGUGUACAAAAUGUUGUAUUCUAGGUGAUUUUCAUGCCCUGUGAUCAAUACCAAGAGGUGCCAUGAAUGCCUGAUUUGGUAGACAUCAGCUCUGCUGGAGACUUCAUAUUGUCUUAAUUAUCAAAACACCCUGACAGAAACUGGACUCCUGUUUUUCAGCUUGUUUUAGGAAAUAAAUCACUUUAUUACUUUGGAUACUGUCAAGUGCAACGAUUAACACCCCUGAAAGAGGGCGGGUAUCAUAUAUGUAAUCAGUAACACAUGUGCCUCAACAAGUGCCUCAUCAGUAGGCUAUUUAUUUGUACAGAAAUCACUGGAACUCGUCAGGUUAAUUUUUAAUGUUCUAAUUCAGAGGCUGUUCCUUUGCAUUUUUGUUAACUAAUCGUUCUUCUAUGUAUCCUUUUAUUAGUGAUGAGUAGUACAGUGUGCCAAAUUUAUCCUGCCCGUUGCUUUUUUUCAUCUUGCCUAUUUUGAUACAAUCUUGGCUGUACAUGUACUGUAUCUAUCACUCUAUUCAUCUCCCUAUAGUAGUAAUUGCAUAUGAUCUGUAUUUUAUUCAGUUUCUGGGUGUAAUGAAUUCAAUACUUACUAGUUACAUAUUAAUUUAUUCAAGGGAUCUUCCUCAUGAAACUCAACAAGAUAUUCAUGUGCUGUUAAAUGUUUAUUCAUAAACAUGUAUCAAGGCUGAAACAUUUAAUCAGAGGCUGUUUCAUAAAGCAAUGACUGGAUUGCAAUCACAUUAGCCAGACUGAUAUACUUUAAACACACAUAUUUGAUGCAAAGUAUGUUAACAACAUUUUAAAUGUCACACUUCGUUGAAAUUCAAGAGAAAGAAAAUUGGCUUAAAUUUGUGGACUUCAGAUUCUGUUCAAUUGUAAAUUAAUGCAUAUCUUUGUCAACCAGAUCUUGCUGAUAUUAAAACCAGUGUGUUGGAAAUUUGUACCUUGCAUAUUAUCAUUUAUGCUGAAUGUUAAUUUAUUGUUAUUUUUCACAUUUCAAAUGGCAUGAGUCACUAUAGUAACUUAUUUUAGGUGUAUUUAUAAUUACAUUUCAAGUGCCUCGUAUAUGCUGUAUAAUGAAUAAAAAAUGCAAGUGUUGAAAGGUGAAAAAUGUAAUAUUUAUAUUGCAUUCAAUUACCCCUUAACUUUGUUGUUGAGGAAGAUACACAAUACAGUGUAUUAUAUAUAUCAGAUUUAUUCCAUCCAACCUUGAUGUAUUGUUUUGUUAUCAUGUCCUGUCAAUUAUAAUGUCUUGUAUAGAUAUAUAUCAUCAAUAUUAUGAUAGCUCAUUCGCAAUUUGAUGUAAUGUAUAUAUCUUACUAGUAUAUUAUCAUGCACAUGACAAUCAUAAUUUUAAUUGGAAACUGAACAAAUCUAUUUGAUUAUUUAUUUAUUCAUGUAAAUUUCCGAGGCUGAUCUGCAAUAUAACAGUAGCAUCUAAACCUUGAAUAUUUAUUCAUCCAGUCAACCUCACAGACCACUUCACAAGUUUGAGUAAACCUUAGUCAUAAUCAUCAUCAGGCCAUAAGAUAUUUUAUUAGUGUAACUUGAGGCUGCUCAAAGCUGUCUCGUCUGUUAGACCUGUGGUUGAUUCCAAAUUUUUGUUUGUUUUUUUGUCUCCUGCAAAGUUAAGAGACCUCUGUGUGUUGACCUCAUCUAAUGAAAAUCAAGCUUAAGUCCCAAAAUCAUGCAUAAUUGGGUGUUGCAAGCAAGCUGAGAUGGAAUUGAAGAUAUCUUUCUUGCAAUGUUCCAUGUGUCUGCUUGUUUGUAUAGCCUGUGCUACCACAAGGCACAUUUGAUUGGAGGAAUGUUGAUUUAUUAUGUGAUGCUCUGCACUAUACAUCAUAAUUCAUAAUUAUACAAUUAAACUGGACAAUCAUCCUAAUAGUCCUACUAAUAAUUAGGAAAUAUUUGAGAAAUUUCCCAAACAGCUUGUGUAUUUGACUAAUAACUAUAGAAUACUGAAAAGCACAGGCAUUUUCCCAAGGAAAGCAAAUUUCAAAAGAAAAGAAAGUAACAAAAUAAUUUGUAAAUAUUUUCCUCUCAACAUCUACUAAGUUUUGAUUCACGCCAACCAAGACUUGUAAAAUAGCUUGAAUUUGUUACGUGGGUCCAAAAAUAACAUGAUGAGAGUAAGAGAAAUGUCCUAUGGUCAUGUUCAACUUAUGCAGUAUUUCAGUUUAUGAGGUUGACUGAAUGUAAUAUAACAGUCAUGAGCUUUCUUGAUGUCAAAAUAAAUUUGCAACAUAUGAGCUCAAGAUUUCUUUUGUACCAUA